ACCGACGGGAACGGCUGAUACUCCAUAGUCCAUACCGCCAUACGUCAUUACGUAAUGGCUGCUGCUUGUCACUGUCAUAACUCUUAAAAAUCUUUAAAACCUACCUUUCUUCAAUAAAAUAAUGGCUGUCCCGUUCCGAAUUCUUUCUCGUUGUAAAGAUGGGCUCAAGCUUGGAAAUGUCAGACUCUCCUCAGCUUACGCAGAAACUAGAAAAAACUUAGUACUCACAAAAGAGACUAAAGUCAUUGUUCAAGGCUUCACUGGCAAACAAGGUACAUUCCAUAGUCAGCAAGCUCUGGACUAUGGCACCAACGUAGUUGGGGGUGUAUCACCCAAGAAGGCGGGCACUGAACACCUUGGGAAACCAGUAUUUGCUACCGUAAGAGAGGCAAAGGAGAAGACAAAUGCGGAAGCAUCAGUGAUCUAUGUUCCUCCGCCAGCAGCCGCUGCAGCCAUUAUGGAAUCAAUUGAGGCAGAAGUCCCUUUGAUUGUUUGCAUCACAGAAGGAGUACCUCAACAUGACAUGGUUCGUGUGAAGCAUGCUUUACUGCGUCAAAAUAAAUCUCGUUUGGUGGGCCCCAACUGCCCUGGUAUCAUUGCACCAGAGAAAUGCAAGAUUGGCAUCAUGCCUGCAGCUGUGCACAAGGCUGGCUGUAUCGGUGUUGUGUCACGGUCUGGUACCCUCACUUAUGAGGCCUGUCAUCAAACAACUAUUACUGGCUUGGGACAAACACUAUGUGUUGGUAUUGGUGGUGAUCCAUUCAACGGUACAGACUUUAUCGACUGCCUUGAAGUAUUCCUGAAGGAUCCCAAUACCAAAGGAAUAAUACUCAUCGGAGAGAUUGGUGGUAACGCUGAGGAAUUGGCUUCCGAAUAUCUGAUUCAAAACAACACUAGCAAGGGACAAAAAGCGAAACCAGUAGUUUCGUUUAUUGCUGGUCUUACCGCACCACCGGGCAGGCGGAUGGGUCACGCCGGUGCCAUCAUUUCCGGUGGUAAAGGAGGAGCCAUGGACAAAAUCAAGGCUUUGGAGAAAGCAAACGUAAUCGUCACUCGCUCUCCAGCCAAAAUGGGUGUCGAAUUAUUAAAAGAAAUGAAGCGAUUAGAAAUUGUUUAAGUAUAUCAAGAAAAUAUAUUUUGUCGUCAUUUUACUUUGUAUAAAAUUUUAGCGAUUAUACCGUAUUUAUUUAUUUCAUGUUGUUGUUUAAUUUGUUACGACGGCCUUUAAAAUGUACCUAGUUGUGUGUGGCACAGAAUAUUAUUAAGGCACUUCAAUGUUAUAUUAAGUGAAUUAAAAUUUGUGAAUGAUCACUUCCUAUUUGUAAGAUCAUUGUCCAGUCACAUAUAUUCUAAGAUAAACUCUGCCAGAUUUAUAUGUAUUUACUUAUGAAGUUUUGUUAUGCUUCUAAUGUCUUCUACUUAUGCUAAAUACAAUUUAAUAAUACCUCGAAUCAAUGUUAAAGUUAUAUGAGGAUGAAAUAAAAAAGUUCUUCAAA